GAAACCGUCGCAACCGUGCUCAGCGGGUUGGCAUUGGUGUUGACGCGAGACCGAACAAACGAGUUUUCUUCUUCUUGCUGUUAGUUUGAGGAAUUGGUAAGAUACAUUGGUGGAAUAGUUUUCUGUGUGUGCGCUGGUGGAUUUUUUAUGGAUUCUAUACUGUACGCGUUGGAUAAAGUGUAAUCUUGUGCAAUGUGAUUAACUGUGUACAGCCUAAAUCGAAGGUGGGCACCGCGAAACGCUAGUUGUAUGACCCGUUUAAAUGUACUCGGUACCGUUCAACAGCAAAAGCAACGGAACGGAAACAAAAGAAUGAAGGAAAUGCUUCGAGAUUGAGAUACACGCUCCAGUCAACCAUCAGCUCGUCUUUGCCUGCCCAUCAAUCAAUACAGCAACGUACUUAGAAUGUUUCAGACGGGAUAGUGAUUAAAAGUGAUACGAAGAAAAAAAAAUCCUUUUUCCAUUGGUUAAAAUUCCACAUACCACAGGCUAAGAACAAUUCUAUGGUGCAUUUGUGUGCAUCGCGUUAAGAAGGUUGGUGCAGGUUUCAGUGUGUACGUGCGCACGCUGCUCAAGACGCGUUGAAUGCUUCUGGGAGCGUAUGUACCCUGUACGUAGGUGUGUGUGUGAGUGUGAUGCUGCUGCUAUGCUUGCGUUGAUCUAUGCUGUCAAUAGUUUUGCCUGUGUGAUGUUCGUAGAGCGAGAUUUGGAAAGGAAAAUGCAGUGCUGAUUUAAAUUACCUUCGGCAGCAGUGCUUCAUCACCCAGUCGUCGCUCGUUAUUGUAAAUCUUGCGACGCGCGAAUAAUUGUAAGCUUUAAGCGGGGCCAUUUCCCAUGCCCCUUUCUGACACUCGGUGUGGUGUUCUAGGGCACAGUGCAGUUGGGCGUUUCUUCCCGUACUUAAGUAUGCCAGUGCGAGAUCGUACGGUAGAUAGAACAAACUAUGGUACAGUAGCCAUCUAAACCCACCCCCAUUGCACCAACUACGUCUGGGCCGUGUUCCGAAACAGCGCGCAAAGCACGGCAAAUGGAACGGGACAGUCAGCCUUCUUCAGGGUCGCAAUGCAGCGAUCAACCCCAGCCGCCAGCAAAAAUGUUCCAGGAAAAAAUCCAGCGGUACGUGCGUCACACAGCACCCGUACUGCGCUGGUGGAUAGCUGCCAGACAGGACGGGCUGCCCGCCGUCACUACCUGCACAAAAGCCCACCAGUCGCGGAGACGGCCGCGCGGUCGGCGGCGAACGCCUGCAUGGGGCGGCGGUGCGGCGAGAUUGUUCUCGGCGAUGACGACGGUUUCGAUGCACUUGCUGCUGAUGCUGCUGCUGUGCGUGAGUCGAGAUUCCACCGCCGGGUCGGUGAGCGCGUACAGCUUGUCACCGGGUAAGGAUAUCAAAUAUACUCAACUUCAAGCGCCACGGUUUACCACCCAGCCAUCGUCAUCCGGUUCGAUUGUGAAUGAGGGCCGAACGAAGAUCCUGCAAUGCCACGCUUUGGGUUUCCCGCAGCCUACCUAUCGUUGGCUAAAAAAUGGCGUCCCAGUAGGAAACUUCAGCAGCAGCCAAUAUUUGAAGAUAUUAAAUAUUACGCGAGAUGAUGCCGGUUCUUACCAGUGCGAGGCGUCCAACAAGGCUGGCACCAUCUUCAGCGAAAAAAUUGACGUUGUUGUUGCCUAUAUGGGCGUGUUUGUUGAUCAGUCGGAAAGCAUAAUAUCGGUAGCGUCGGGCUAUCCGGCUAUACUAAACCUUUCCUUCAUUGAGUCCGUCCCGUCUCCCUCGGUUACCUGGCAAACCGACGAAGGGCCGCUAGAGUAUAACAUCAAAUAUGCGCAAACGUCUAGCAACCAGCUCAUCAUCCUGAGCGCCGACGAGGGAGACAUUCGCGCAUACCGUGCACGUGCCUUCAAUACUCAAAUCGGUCGCGAAGAAAGCACCGGUUUCGUGCGGCUGAAUGUGACCGGCAACCCGUACACCGAGAUUGCGCCGGAGAUUAUUGUGCACCCGCAGAACACGAAGGUGGUCCGGGGCGCGCAGACGGUCGAGCUGGAGUGCAUUGCCAACGCACGACCGCUGCACGAGCUCGAAACCAUAUGGCUGAAGGAUGGUAUACCGAUCGAAAACACUGGCAUCCAUUACACGCAAACCGAUCCGUGGAACCGUACAGUCACACUGCUGCAUGUCAACCUGACGCACACCGGUGAGUACACCUGCCAGGUGCAGAUGCGCACCGGCGGCCAUCCGAUCGUGUUCUCCAUGGCGCAGGUAACGGUGCAGGAGCCACCGACGUUCGUGACGCCGUUGCGCACUGAAACGUUGGGCGAGUACGGAUCGCGCACUGUGCUGGCGUGCGAUGUGAUCGGUGAACCGCUGCCUAAAAUAACGUGGUUCAAAAACGCCUGGCCCAUCGAACAAGUGGCUGGCCGGUACACGGUACAGGACGAUAACUCGCUAGAAAUCUACAAGCUGGGCAUGGACGAUACGGCUAUGUUUCAAUGUCUAGCAACGAACGAAGCGGGUGAAAAGUCUGCUUACACUUGGCUUAAAGUAAAAACUUCAAUCCCCUUUAUGGAGAUUCCGCCGGUGAAUCAAACGAUUCUUGAUGGGAAAGAUGCAACGAUGAACUGCCGAGCAAUUGCAGCUCCCACACCCAGCAUCCAAUGGAUAUUCAAUGAUACAUAUCCCAUAGAGACUUCCUCGCGGAUGCAGAUACUGGAUUCGGGGGAUUUGCUAAUUUCGAACGUGCGUGAAACAGAUGGUGGCCUUUACACAUGUAUAAGAGAAAAUGAAGCCGGUCGUGUGAUAGGAUCCGGUUAUUUGACUGUUCUAGUUCGUACGCAAAUCAAUCGCCCACCCGCUGAUACGACCGUGCUACUUGGACAUUCGGCUGCACUGGAGUGUGGCGUUUCCAGUGAUCCCACUGUGCCUUACAACAUCGAUUGGUAUCGGGAGCCCAAUCGGCUGCCGAUCAAAAACAGUCAACGGAUUGGAGUAAAAAAGGAUGGCACUCUCGAGAUUACUGAGGUGCGUCCCUCGGACGUUGGCCAGUAUUCCUGCAUUGUAACGUCCCCCGGUGGCAAUGAAACGCGCUCAGCAAGGCUGAGUGUCAUCGAGCUGCCAUUCGCUCCGUCCAACGUGCAAGCAGUGCGACUGACCACACCGCAGAACCGCGCCAUCAACGUGUCCUGGACUCCCGGGUUUGAUGGUAACAGCAAGAUAAUUAAAUUUAUUAUUCAGCGCCGCGAGGUACCGGAGCUUGGCCCACUGCCAGACCCUCUGCUGAAUUGGGUGACCGAGGUAGCUAACGUAUCUGCGCAAGCAAAAUGGAUGCUGUUGACGAACUUGAAAGCGGCAACUGCGUAUCAGUUCAGGAUCAGCUCUGUAAACCGAGUCGGUGAAGGUUCACCAUCCGAUCCGAGUAACGUGGUGAAGCUACCCCAGGAAGCUCCGUCCGGUCCGCCAGUAGGAUUUGUUGGUUCAGCGCGUUCCUCGACGGAAAUCAUUAUACAAUGGCAGCCACCGCUUGAAGAGCACCGCAACGGACAGAUCCAUGGCUAUAUUAUACGGUAUCGACUUUUUGGAUACAAUGAGAGCCCAUGGAACUAUCGUAACAUCACGAACGAGGCUCAACGCAACUAUCUCAUUCAAGAGUUGAUCACCUGGAAAGACUACGUGAUCGAAAUUGCCGCAUAUAACAACAUGGGCGUUGGCGUGUACACUGACGGGGCCAAAAUCAAAACGAAGGAAGGUGUACCGGAGGCACCACCCACAGGCGUGCGGGUACAAGCAAUCAACUCCACCGCAAUCCGUAUCUGGUGGACGCCUCCCAACCCGCAGCAAAUCAAUGGUAUUAACCAGGGCUAUAAACUGCAAGCCUGGCGCUAUGAAAAGCCUCCGACUCUCGGCGCUGGUGGAGGUGGUACAGUAGCGUCGGGUACGGGUGAUGACGGCAACGAGCUGAUCGAGACGGAGAUGAAGGUGCUUACCGUGCCGCCCAACUUGCUGGACCCGCUGGCCGAACAAAGCGAAGUGCUGAGCGGGCUGGAAAAGUAUACCGCGUACAAUAUCACUGUGCUGUGUUUUACCGACCCGGGCGAUGGCGAACGAAGCGUCCCGGUGGCGGUACAAACGCUCGAAGACGUGCCCGACGAGGUGAGCUCGUUGCAGUUCAGUGGCGUCUCCGAUCGGGAGGUGACCGUAACGUGGGACCCACCACGACGCACCAAUGGUGUACUGCUGGGCUAUCAGAUCCGUUACUAUGUCAAGGAUCUGCCAGAAACAGCCCGGUUCGUUAAUUUAACAGCAACUCAGACGCGCUUCAAGGUGACGCAUCUGACGGCGACUACGCAUUACACGUUUGAGGUCAGCGGGUGGACGGUGGUAGGUGCUGGGCCACCAAAAGUUGCCACCAUACAGUCCGGCAUCGAGCCCGUGCUGCCCCAUCCACCCUACCAGCUCGCACUGUCGAAUAUUGAGGCGUUCUCGGUGGUUAUCCAGUUCACUCCCGGCUUCGACGGCAACUCGUCCAUCACGAGCUGGAUUGUGGAGGCACAGACGGCAAGGAAUCUCACGUGGUUUGUUGUGCACGAGCUGCAGGACCCGGACGCAUCUACCGUGACCGUGCUAGGCUUGACGCCCUUCACAACCUACCGGCUGCGCAUCAUCGCCUGCAACGUCGUGGGCCGAUCGGAGCCAUCGGAAGCGACGAAGGAUUUUCAAACGAUUCAGGCGCGCCCGAAACACCCGCCGUUCAACGUGACGGUGCGAGCGAUGAGUGCCACCGAGCUGCGGGUGCGCUGGAUACCGCUGCAGCAAACGGAGUGGUACGGCAAUCCGAGAGGGUACAACAUAACGUAUCGCAACAUUCACGAAAGCGAGACAUUUGGAGCGUCCGAGUCGCUCGCCACAAGCCUGGAAGAUUCCGAGAAAAGCAUCUGGUCGUCUGGGCGCAGCGUGGUGAUCGAAGACCCUACCGCCAACUCGCACGUGCUGGAUGGAUUGGAGGAGUGGUCGGUGUACGAGAUCGCUAUGACAGCGGUGAACGAGGUGGGCGAAUCCAUUGACAGCCCACACGCCUUUGAACGUACCCGCGAGGCCGUACCUUCGAUGGGACCGGCCGGGGUAGAAGCUAAUGCCACCUCGUCCACGACCAUCGUAGUGCGCUGGACGGAAGUACCGAAAGUGCAUCGUAACGGCCAGAUCGAAGGCUACCGUGUGUACUACGGGUCCGUGGCCGGCCGGACGCCGGUGCUCCACAAAACCAUUGCCAACAACUACACCUUCACGACGACGCUAACCGAGCUGAAAAAGUUUACCCAGUACGACAUUCAGGUCCUUGCGUACACUCGCCUAGGCGAUGGUGCACUCUCCACGCCGCCUGUGCGCAUUCAAACGUUCGAAGACUCGCCCGGCGCACCGUCGAACGUGUCGUUUCCGGAUGUGUCGUUCAGCAUGGCGCGCAUCAUAUGGGACGUGCCGGAGGAACCGAACGGCGAAAUUUUGGCCUACCGUGUGACGUACCUAUUGAACGGUUCCCAGAAUCUUAACUUCACGCAAGAAUUUCCACCCUCGGAUCGCACGUUUCGGGCCACCCAGCUGCUCGCCGAGCGCUAUUAUCUGUUCAGCGUGACUGCGCAGACCCGGCUAGGGUGGGGGAAGACGGCGGCCGCCCUUGUCUACACCACGAACAACCGGCAGAUUCCGCAAGCGCCCUCGGCUCCGCAAAUUUCACGGUCGCAGGUUCAGUCGGAGCAGAUCACCUUCAGCUGGACGCCCGGGCGAGAUGGGUUUGCUCCACUGCGCUACUACUCGGUACAGCUGCGCGAAAACGAAGGCUCCUGGAUGCUGAUACCGGAGCGCGUUGAUCCGGACGUAACGUCGUACACGGCGACCCGGCUCAAACCGCACACUUACUACCAGUUCCGCAUACAGGCGACGAACGAUCUUGGCCCUUCUAGCUACAGUCGGGAGAGCGUUCAGAUUCGGACGCUGCCUGCCGCUCCAUCGGAAGGCAUAACGGGGUUGAAGGUGGUCCCAAUCACUACCACAAGCGUCCGCGUGCAGUGGGUAGCGUUGCGCCCUAGCGCAUGGAAUGGUGACGCCGAGACGGGUGGUUAUCGCAUACUCUAUCAACCGUUGUCCGACUUUCCCUCCACACUGCAGAGCACACCCAAGAUGGAUGUGCUAGGCGUGAAUCAGGUUUCGGCUGUAUUGGUCGACCUGACGCAGGAUCGCAAUUACGAAAUCAUCCUGCAACCGUUCAACUCGCAAGGCUCGGGACCACCAUCGUCCCCAGUGGCGGUUUACGUCGGGGAAGCCGUCCCAAUCGGUGAACCGCUCGACAUCGAAGGGAAAGCAAUUUCAUCGACCGAAGUGUCGUUGCGCUGGAAUCCCCCGCAGCAGAACACUCAGAAUGGAGAGCUACUGGGCUACAAGAUAUUUUACCUAGUGACCGACUCAUCCACGCAAGAUCUCGAUCCGGUACCGGCUGCUGGUGGAAUUAACAAUGGAAGCGUCGCGCGGCGGAACAAACCGCCCGAGGAAGAGAUUGAGGUGGUGCCUGCUUCAUACAACACGCACAAUCUUGUGUUUCUCGACAAGUAUACCGAGUACCGUAUUCAGAUACUAGCCUUCAACCCGGCCGGCGAUGGGCCGCGGUCUGCUCCGAUAACCGUAAAGACAAUGGCUGGCUUGCCUGGACCUCCAACGCAGCUACACUUCUCGGAUAUCACGAUGAACAGUCUUACGGUGAGCUGGGAUUUGCCGCGCAAGCGCAACGGACUUAUAGUCGGUUAUAUCGUAGCGUACGAAACAACCGAGGACAAUGAAAAAUUCAGCAAACAGGUGAAACAGAAGGUGACCGGUACGAGCCUGAUCGUGCAGAACUUGGAGGAAGAGGUGACCUACACGUUUACAGUACGCGCGCAAACCAUCGACUACGGACCGGCAAUCAGUGGCAAUGUGACGACCGGGCCGCAGGAAGGUUCGCCGGGCUCACCCCGGGAUCUUAUGAUCUCAAAGUCGCAGGCCAGUGUGCAGAUGCACUGGAUCAAUGGGCAAUCGGGCAAGGGCCCCAUUCUUGGGUAUUACAUCGAGUCGAAGAAAAGAGAUGAUCUGCGCUGGGAAACUGUGGCACGUUCAACAAACGGACCGAUUCAAGAGUUCACUGUCAGUUUCCAGAAUCUCUUACCAUCAACCGCGUAUAAGUUCCGAGUAAUCUCAUACAACCGUUACGGUAUAAGCUGCCCCGUAUAUUCAGACGAUGCUGUUCUUACACCUUCGAAGCUAUAUCUGGAAUACGGCUACCUACAGUUGAAACCCUUCUACAGGCAAACUUGGUUUAUGGUAGCACUAGCGGCUACUUCUAUCGUGAUAGUCAUCAUGGUCAUCGCUGUCUUAUGCGUUAAGAGCAAAAGUUACAAGUAUAAGCAAGAAGUUCAGAAAACACUAGAAGAAUCGAUUGCAAUGUCCAUCGACGAACGGCAGGAGUUGGCCCUCGAGCUUUAUCGCUCGCGCCAUGGUGUGUCAGCGAACGGUGCAUCAAAUGGACUUACCGGUGUAUCCGGUACAAUGAUCCACAGUACGCUAGGCCGGCGUACUGGCACAAUACUCAGCAGAAAGGGCGGCGGGGGAGGAUGUUCGAGCACGGCAGCUGCAGCAGCAGCCGCCGCAUCGUUGGGCAAGUCCCCGCCCCGGCCCUCACCUGCCUCCGUUGCCUACCACAGUGAUGAGGAGAGUUUGAAGUGUUACGACGAAAAUCCCGAUGAUAGCAGCGUCACAGAGAAACCGUCCGAAAUGAGCUCCAGUGAUUCGCAGGCAUCGGAAAGCGAAAACGAAAGUGUCCGCUCGGAUCCGCACUCAUUCGUAAACCAUUACGUAAACAACGAUCUGUUGCGGCAGUCCUGGAAGCGGCAGAAACCGGUGCGCAAUUAUUCUAGCUACACCGACUCAGACCCCGAAGGCUCGGCGGUGAUGAGUCUGAACGGGGGCCAAAUUAUAAUGAAUAAUAUGGCACGGUCGCGGGCUCCCUUGCCUGGCUUCAGCUCCUUUGUGUGAGAAUUUUGUGAUUGCCAACUUGGUCCACGCCAUGGUUUUCUGCUCCCCAUGAAAAUAUGCUAGCAAAUUGGCAAAUUACUUCCCGUCAGCGUGUAAACAAGGGCAGCACCAGUAGAACCAGUUCAAUGGUCAUACAGUUGCUGCAUUCUGAUACCAAUCAAGUAUCACGGUUUUUGGACCAGGGUUAUGAACAAAUAUCAGCCUAGGCGCUUUUCUCAAAUUAUUUGUUUUGAAUAUCCUUUUUUUACAAUAGAAUACAUAUAGCAUAGGCUACAUAGCAUAUUGAAACCAGGGCGACUUUUUCCGGAUAGACUGUUAUUUGGUAGCAUCAAUAGUGUGCAGUACAGUUUCCCUUAUAGAUGAGAAAACCGAAAUUUUACGCUUACGUUUGUAAAAAACGUAUUGAACAUACAUGUCAAAUCUAUAUUUUAUCUCCUUACAAGCACAAAACUAGUUUGGAUUUUUCGGUUUUUAGCUUUGCGAGUUCAAUCAAUAUUUGUUUUAGUUAAUCUUUUCGAAUGCACAACCAAUAAGUAAUUGUUUGCAUUUUUUUAAGGCUGAACAAAACCUGCCAGAAAGAGAAAGUCUUAUUUCGUGUGUAGUUUUAUAUCGAGCGUUGACAUUAGCUUAGUCGCCAAUAUAGCAUUUAAAAUGAGUAUCUCUGACAUGAACUUCCGUAGAAGUUGCCUAUCAAUCAAACAAACUGUUUGCAUUUGGCAAAGUUGCUACUGUUGCUACUAUUACUGCUACCGCGAAAUAGGAAACCCUAGGAAAUUAUAGACGAUGAUUAGCAUUAUACAAAUUAUUGUACUGUCCCUUUGUCAGGCUGGCUGCAGCUACUUACAUACUUAGAAAUGAACUAUGUGAUAAUCGUACUACUUAAGGAUUUUAAAACAACGACAAUCGAGCUCUAGCAUCUUUACGGUGGUAUCUCCUGCCUUUUCUGAUCCCGUAUUUUGUCAUCAUGGUUCAAGUUUUCAGAUGCCAAUUUUGCGUUGCACUAAUCAAAAAACAAACAAAAAAAAAGUAUUUGCGAUUGCGGACCUAUACACAACAUAUUACUUUAUUGAAAAGAUCUAUGUUUUACACUAGACUUAUAAAUUUUAUCUAGUAUAUGUCUAUAUUAAAUGUGAAUAUUUGCAACCUAAGAAAGCCAUUUUCAUACAUGAAAUAUACAAAUAAACUUGGGACGGAAGAACCGUCUGAGGCUUUUA